AUGGAAACCUCUCCAAGCAGACCUGGCCCUGCUCCUCGCAGCCCACGGCGCUCCCACCGGAGGAACAGCCGUCACAUCGGCAAGUCCCUCGCAAGAGGGCUCAGGCGGGCAUUGUUUUGCCUGGUCAAUCCAUGCCUGGCCACAUAUCGCCUGAUCGCUGGGCCGGUCUGGAACUGGUGGACACAAGACCACCAGGCAAGGCUUCCUUCAGAAGCCUCCCGAGUUGACCUGGUCCGUGAACAGCGGACACAGGAUAUGUCAUGGCACAUGGUUGCCAUUCCACCCGCUGCGUCAGCAGAUUACCUGCAAUCCGUCCGGGUUUAUUUCGCCUUAGCUCCAGCUCGUCGCGGCUGUACGAAGAUGAGCCGCCUUGGGCAAAUACGGCGACAAGGCGGGUAG